CAUCCUCCGAAAUCUACAGAAGCAGCUCCCUGUUCCUCUUUGGUGGUCCUCUAAUGGAAGAAGAAUCGGUGGAAUCAAGCAAAAGACGCAAACGAAACGGAUCCACAGACUCCACUCUGCAAUGGAGCCGAUGGCAACUCCUUGAUUCCAUUCUCCCCACCGGCGGUUUCGCCCAUUCGUUCGGCCUCGAGGCAGCAAUUCAAGCACGCGUCGUUUCCGGUCCCGACGAUCUCAAAACUUUCGUGAUCCAUUUGCUGGAGAACACCGGCAGCUUACUCCUCCCUUUCGUCUACUCCGCAACCCGAACUCCGACCUUAGAAAACUGGCAGAAACUGGAUCAAAUCUUGGAUGCAACCUUGACCAAUGAGGUGAGUCGAAAGGCAUCGAUUCAACAAGGAUCCGCGCUAAUGAGAGCGGCCGCCGUCGUAUUCACUGAAGCGCCGUCGUUAAAAGCCAUGAGAGAUGUGUCGAUUGGUUCUGAGGCUGUACGUUUCCACCACGCGCCGGUGUUUGGACUUAUUUGGGGAAUUUUGGGAAUGGACAGCGGAACAAGCCAAAGAGCGUACAUGUUUGUGACGAUGAGAGAUGUGAUUUCGGCGGCGACGAGGUUGAAUUUAGUAGGGCCUCUAGGUGCAGCUGUGUUGCAGCACCAGAUUGCACUGGUUGCUGAAGCUAUAACGGAAAAAUGGAUGGAUCGUCCGGUGGAGGAAGCUUGCCAAACUGCUCCUUUGUUUGAUACUCUGCAAGGCUGCCAUGGUUACUUGUUCUCUAGGUUGUUCUGCUCCUAAAACCCCAGUAACAUCUGGGCAUGGUAGAACACAAUCUAUAAAUGUUUACAUUACCAUUAAUUGUUCGAGUUGAUACUCACUAAGUUAAAAACUUUGAUUCGAGAUUAAAAUAUAAAUGUUUCCAUCUUUUAUAUAUUUGAAAUGAACUCGAUUACUUGAA